CCUUUAAUACCAUUUACGAUGGGUAGGUAUAAUUAAUUCGGUCGCCAUUACAAUAUUUUUGUCAUAGUGCGAAAUGGUGCUUACAAUAAUAAUAUUGACUUUUUUUGCAAUAACAGCGGGUGCGUUACCGCAAUGCACGAUGACGGCCUAUCUGAAGUGCUCGAAGGUGAAGUGCGUAGAUUUCUCGAGCAGUGGCACACUUAACAUUCCGCCCACUUUUGGGGGGCAGUUUAAAGAUGAUUGCUUCAUCAUCGAAAUUGUAAACUCAAAUGUGACCAGUCUGACCGCGUUUAAUUCAGCAAACGUAAGUGCGUUUCAGGAAUUCAUUUUGGCUAACGCUCAAUUGCAAAAAAUUGGAGAAAAGGUUUUUGAGAAAUUCAGCAGCGUGCAGCGUAUCCACUUGGACCAAAAUCUGUUGCAGGAAGUCAAAUUUGCAACCCCACUGCCUAGCUUACAGGAGCUUUAUUUGCCGAGCAACAGGUUGAAGAAGGUUAGCUUUGAGCCGUUGACCAACUUGCGGGUGCUCAACUUAGAUUUUAACAAUUUGACUUCUACGGAUGGCUUGACUUGCACGUUAACUGAGCUGGUUGAGUUCACUGCCGUCGGUAACCAAAUCGGGAAUAUCGGUGACUGUUUUAAGUCGAAUAAGGGAUUGAAAACUUUGAGCCUGGCAUUUAACCGCGUUACGGAAAUUAGUGGUGACGCUCUGAGCGGACUGACCAAGUUAGAGACACUCCUUUUGGAUGAUAACCGGAUAAGAAAAAUUGCACCAAACGCAUUUGACUCACUGAUCUCACUUGAUACUAUCAAUUUGAAUAAAAAUGCUCUAUAUUCUUUAAGCGUGAACACAUUUAAUGCGCUAGGGGUACUUCGCUUUCUUUCUCUGGAAAGUAACAGAUUAACAAGCUUCGAGCCUGGGACGUUUCAAAAUUUGUCACGUUUGAGGAACUUGGAGCUUGGACAGAACCAACUGUCGCGAAUUAAAAAUGGUACGUUUCGGGGUUUGGAUACCAUCGGCUUUAUAGAUCUUUCACACCAAAUGCUCCAAGAAUUGGAUGAGGACGCGUUCGAUGGAUUACCCAACUUGAAUUAUCUGGAUCUCAGCGUGAAUAUGAUUUGGAAAAUCAAACCGAAUGCGUUUCGUAAUCUCGCAUCUUGCCUUCACCUCAAUCUACGACAUAAUUUAUUGCUGUUGCAGCCCAACGUAUUUAAUGGUUUAAAACAGGUGCAUAUUCUCGAGCUUGGUGGCAAUAGAAAUUUGGGCGAAUUACCUCUGAAUGGUUUUAAUGGAUUGGAAACGAUUAGCAUGCUUGAUUUAUCCAAUUUGACAAUUAAAUCAAUCAAUUACGGUGCUUUUAACGGACUAUUCCAAUUAUUAAUGCUGGAUCUGCAGCACAAUGAAUUAAAAAUUAUAGAGGCGGAGACCUUUAUGGGCUUAUCCGAUUUGCAAAUCCUCGAUUUGAGCUACAACCUGAUCGAGGAGAUCAGGGCAAAUGCCUUUUACGAUUUGCACAAGGUUACGACUCUCAAAUUGAACAAAAAUCGAAUUAAGGGGCUCGCGAAGGAUUCGUUUCAAGGUCUCCGAUCGCUUAUGAUGCUUGACCUCAGCAAUCAGACAGUGUUAAGUGUUGAACCAUCAUCGUUCAUGGGUCUUGACAAGCUUGUAACUUUAUCGCUAAACGGAAACAAACUCACGACGCUACCACCGGGAGCACUUUCCGGCCUCAAAAAGCUGACCAAUCUUGAUUUGAGUGCGAAUAAAAUUUGUAAUAUUUCGAGCAAAGUUUUUGACGACGUCCCUCUUUUGGAAGUCCUCUACUUGGAAGAAAAUGCAAUUACCACUAUAGAGCCGAAUUCGUUUCUUCAGCUCAGCCGCUUGGUCUCCCUUAAUUUAUCAUCGAACAACUUAGGCACCCUGCAGGAAUCGACUUUCAAUGGCUUAUCCGCAAUUACCACAUUGGAUUUAGAUUCCGCAGGGAUUAUACACAUAAAAAUGGGGGCGUUUAGAGGAUUAGAAGCGUUGACAAAUCUUGAUUUGAGCGCAAAUUUCGUUAGCGCAAUAUUUGCCAAAACCUUCGUUGGGGUACCGGAAUUAAAAACACUUAGGUUAGCCGAGCGCACAGAGCUAUUGCGGUCGAAUGCCUUCGAAGGGCUUGCAGCGGUUCAAUCUUUCACCAUUACUAACUGCCACCUCAAAGCGUUGCCCGAAGCGGUAUUUAAGGGAAUGGCCGGCUUGGAGAAUCUAAUCUUUGAGAAAUCCGAUCUGGGCACUAUCCAGGCGAAGGCUUUCGACGGAUUGCUCAACCUCCGGCACCUUCUCUUUGACAACACCAACAUAACCAACAUCGAACCUGGCGCUUUCAGCGGUCUAGGCAAUAUUAGAUACGUGAGCACUACAAUUUUCCAUCUCAACUAUGGCUCGAGUUACUACCAACGCAACCACUACAACUUCUACAAGAUGUCCAUUCAACGUAUCGAUCGGGGCGCGUUUACAGGAUUGGGCAAACCAGACUAUGGGGUUCACCUCCAUCUAGACGGAAAUCAGCUGUUCAAAAUUGUGACCGACAACUUCCUUGGUCUUGAAAGUAUGCGCACCCUCACUUUGAGUGAAAACGUAAUAGAAGAGCUCCAACCAAACUCCUUUCAAACUUUGAAAUAUCUCACAAUUUUGAUCUUAAAUGCUAACAAAAUCCAAGAUUUGCAACCGGAUGUUUUUAAUGGACUGGCUGCCUUGGUAAAUCUCGAACUUAGAUGCAACAAAAUCAAGUCUAUAUCCGGAAAUCCGUUUCGCCCACUCAAAAGCCUAUCGCUCUUGACAAUCGCCAAUAAUUCCUUAACUGAGCUUCCGGCGAACGCCUUUGAGCAACUUACAAUUGCCACAUUAAAUAUUGAAGCCAACUCCAUAAGAUCAAUCGACCCAAAUGCCUUUUCUAAACUUCCGGGGUUAUUCUAUUUAAAUAUCUCCCACAACGAGCUUACCGAUACCGAUUUCUUUAAGUCUAUAAUCCCGUUCAGAAUACGAGGAUUAGACCUGAGCUACAAUCAUCUUAAGGAAAUUAAUCCUCUAAUACUAGGAAUAUUUCUUCGACGCAUUGACAUUAACGGCAACAACAUUCCCUGCGAGAACCUGCCGAAGAUUUUAAUGAACCUCAAAGCGUCUAGCAUUGCAUAUCGAAAGUAUCCUUUAUCCGGUUUGGGCUCGUUCGACAACGUCAGUUGCGUUCCAAUGCAAUUCUCGUUACCCAAAAACGAAGCGAGUGUCAAAGAGGACUUCUCUGGUUUGGAGGCGCUUUUGAACGAAACCGAUGAGAUCGUGGAAGCCAUCGUUGGGGACAUCGCGGAUUCAUCAACUGACCCAAAUGAAGUUGCCGAAAAACACUUUGGCCCAUUGGAGAAGAGGGUGGAUGAGUUGCGCAUGAAAGCGAACAAGAUUAACAUCAGGUACCGUUCGAGGCACGCGUACGAUGUCGACGUCUACCAGGCGCUAUUAAUUAUCCUCUGCGUCGUUUUUUGUUUGUCGCAGUUUAUGGGUGUUUACAAGAAGUGCGUCGGUAAUCAAACCAACAUACGUUUCAGGCGAGAACAAUCGGAAAUUGAACUGUUCGCCGGAACUAAUCCCAGCUCAUAGAUUUCCCUUUGUACUAUAAAUAAUUGUUGUAUCCAAAUAUAUCAUUAACAACC